GCGCAUAUUGCUCUUGUACUUAAUUUGGCUUUUUUUUUUGUCAUUACCAUACAUAGAUAUCAAAUGUCAUAAAACUUGACAUACUGAUAUUACAAAAUCACACUUCAACUGAGUUCGAAAGUUGAGAGAUAAGCGCCAGCUGCUUGUCUCUGGAGCACAGGAAGGUCUGAAAUAGAACAUCUUCAAGACUUAAACAUGCCCGGGAGCUCAGGAUUUUAUGGUUCACAAGUCGCGAAAAACUCCUCUCAACCGGAAAUUACCGUCAUCAUUAAUAGUGCUUUAAAUGUUCCACUGAUUAUUUUCUCCAUAUUUGGCAACGCUGUGGUGCUCGCUGCCAUUUUUAAAACACCAUCAAUUCGUUCAUCGUCUAUUCUGCUUCUCUGUAGCCUGGCAGUUUCGGAUCUCUUUGUUGGCACACUGAUUCAACCACUUUAUAUAGCCUCUGUACUUACAAGAAAUAAACUUCUGGAUAGUUUGUAGUUCACGGUGUCAUUUGCCGCAUGUGGGAUUUCUCUUUGCACCAUAACAGCCAUCAGUGUCGACCGAUUUUUGGCUCUUCACUACCAUAUGCGUUAUCCAUCUCUUGUGACGAAAUCUCGAACAGUUUACUCGAUAGCGAUAAUUUGGUUAUUGAUAUUACUUCUUUCGGGAAUUUACUAUUUAAAUCCUUUUGUUUAUUUCUUCCUCGUAGCUCUCGGCGUGGGCAUUUUUUUAUUGAUAUCAAUUCUCGCCUUCUUUGGGAUCUACAGAAUCGUCAAACGUCAAAAACUACAGAUCAAUACUCUACAUCAAGCGGUGCAAGCUUCAACAACAGAAAAUCUUUCCAACUUUAAACAGUUGAAGACCAGUGCGCUAAAUUCGUUUGUGUUCUUUAUUGUUAUGGUUGUGUUUUAUAUGCCAAUGUCCAUCGCUAUGACCUUGUAUCUCGUAACUGAUAAUUGGAAUAGUGCUUGGGGUUUCGCAACAACUGCAGUUUUCAUGAAUUCGUCCAUUAACCCGGUUUUGUACUGUUGGAGAAUUGGCACGUUACGCAAAGCAGUGACAAAAACAGUGGAGAGAAUAUUGCUUAAACAGACAUGAAACGGAAGAAUGAAUACAGUUCGAUCCUCACCACAAUUAAUUAACUAAGUCACGAUACAUAAAACUAAUUGAAUAUGAAUAGAAUAAAGCAGUUAAAUCAUUUAUAAUUUACCAUGGAAAACAAAGAUCAGAGUUAAUAAUGAAUCGCACAGAACGAGAAUGCUCGAGAACAGAGAAGAAUUUGAAAAUAUUUGCGUCACUUUAUUUUUCGAGAUGCACCAUCCAUGACGUAUUUUCUUUCAUAUUGAUCGCAAACAUUUUUCAGAAAAACAAUAUUUUAUAGAAAUAAGCCAACUUAAAAGAGGUUUCUAUGAUUGUAUGGUAUUAUCUAUGAUUUGAUGUUUGGCCUUCAUUCUGUUGAAGUUGAAAUGGUAUUGAUGUAGUUUCGUUCUGAGUUCUGUGUGUAUUUCCGAGUAUGGUGUUCAGGAGUUAUCUGUGCAUAGAGAGACCACAUAAAUUGUGCGAACUGUAUGUGUUGAAUCUUUUAAAGUAUAGCAUCCAUUACCAAGCCUUUCAGCUCACCGAAGUUUGCUUUUUCUCAGUCACAAUAGCGACAUAUUUCCGGAAACAGUACUUAGUUCAUUUCAUGGUAAAUAUCAAUCGCAAUACAUCACUAUAAUAUUGCGCUUUUCAAUAUUUCUGUGCAAACCCCUCCUCCGGUGAUCAGUGUAAAAUAUAAAUAAUUGGUAAAAAUAUAAAAAA